AUGGCGCCUCAGCUUCAAGCCCACAUCAAUGAGAUGCAGAAUCUCCCUCUGGACGAAGCCAUCCAGUCUAUUAUCGAUCUUCUCCCCGGUCUAGAGGGAUCCGUCUCUCCAAAGUACAUAUACCUCAUCAAACACCCAGACUACGAAGGGGAGGCAGAUCUCAAUGCAUCUAGGCAACCAACCCGCCUCCUACACAACUCACUCAACGGACCGCUCACGGAUUUCUACGGCGAUCUAUACACAAUUAUGAAAGAGGGGUACAGGAAUGGAACUAUGGUUCCUGAGCCCAGUGAAGAUCGGGACUGUGCUUGCUGCCGUGGCGAUCCUGAUGCAGUGAUCCUAGCAGGCUUUCACGAUGGGAAGGCUUUCCUCUACGAGGAACAAGACUAUCGUGAUAUCUGGGGAGAACAGCAAGAUUAUGGCUCAUGCACUACCGGAUGGACGGAUGAGGAUGGGGUACAACAAUCCAAGUACGAGAUUUAUGCUAGUAAGGAACAGGUUGAGGAAGCGUUGAAGGACGCUGAGGAGCUACAGGCUCAGGAGUGGGCUUUUGAUCUCUUGAUCUAA